UAGUAUUUCACAGUACACAUACAAUAGUGGUCCCUUUUCUUUCAUUUACUCCAUCUUACUCGCGUUCUCCUCUCCAACUGAAACGUAAACGUUGACACUAGUGGAGAAAGUUCUUGUCCCGUUUUGUUAGAACUCCGGUUUAGUUUACAGCUGUAUGACAUAAGGGUAUGGAUUCACUUGAGCAUGAAGGGAAUGGGGCUCACGAAGGAAAUGGAGCACAUAAAGGAAAUGGGGCAGAUGAUGCAUUGCCACUACCUCCACCAGUAAUUCCACCAGAUUUCACUCCAACAAAGGUGGAACCUGAACCAUUUAAGAAAAAGGUGGUGAGGCUUCCAAUAUCGAGGCGUGGCCUUGGAUCUAAAGGGCAAAAGAUUACUCUGCUUACAAAUCACUUCAAAGUUAAUGUUACCAAUGUUAAUGGUCACUUCUUCCAUUAUAGUGUUUCCCUCUCAUAUGAAGAUGGUCGUCCUGUUGAUGGCAAGGGUAUUGGAAGACGAGUAAUUGACAGAGUGCAAGAGACCUAUGAUAAUGAGUUAGCUGGAAAGGACUUUGCAUAUGAUGGGGAGAAGAGUUUAUUUACUGUUGGUCCCCUUCCCCGCAAUAAGCUAGAGUUUACUGUUGUGCUUGAGGAAAUUUCAUCCAGCAGAAACAAUGGAAAUGGAAGUCCUGAUGGGCACGAGAGCCCUAGUGCGAAUGAUCGAAAGAGAGUACGUCGCCCUUAUCGCUCCAAAACUUACAAAGUGGAGAUCAGCUUUGCUGCAAAAAUCCCAAUGCAAUCUAUUGCUAAUGCACUACGUGGUCAAGAGUCUGAGAACUCCCAAGAAGCUUUGAGGGUUCUGGAUAUAAUACUACGGCAGCAUGCAGCUAAACAGGGUUGCCUCCUUGUACGACAAUCAUUCUUUCACAAUGAUCCGAAAAAUUUUGCUGAUGUAGGAGGAGGUGUUCUUGGUUGUAGAGGGUUUCAUUCUAGCUUUAGAACCACUCAGGGAGGCUUGUCUCUGAAUAUUGAUGUAUCAACUACAAUGAUUAUACAGCCUGGCCCUGUUGUUGAUUUUCUAAUAGCCAAUCAACAGGUCAGGGAUCCGUAUGCAAUAGACUGGGCCAAGGCUAAACGAACACUAAAGAAUCUGAGGAUCAAGGUGGCUCCAUCCAACCAAGAGUACAAGAUAACUGGAUUGAGUGAGAAACCCUGCAGAGAGCAGAUGUUUUCACUCAAGCAGAAAAAUGUGAGGGAUGAGGAUGGUGAAGUUCAGUCCCAGGAAAUAACUGUUUAUGACUACUUUGUCAAUCAUCGCAAUAUGGAUUUACGAUAUUCAGCAGAUAUUCCUUGCAUCAAUGUUGGGAAGCCAAAGCGCCCUACGUAUAUUCCUCUUGAGCUUUGUUCUUUGGUUUCCUUACAACGAUACACAAAAGCUCUUAACACUCUACAGAGAGCUUCGCUUGUAGAAAAAUCAAGGCAGAAGCCACAAGAAAGGAUGAAUACAUUAUCUAAUGUUCUACGAAAUGGCAAGUAUGAUGCUGAACCAAUGCUACGUUCAUGUGGCAUUUCAAUAAGUACUAAUUUUGCUAAAGUGGAAGGCCGUGUUCUGUCCGCCCCUAGGUUAAAAGUAGGAAAUGGUGAGGAUUUCUUUCCUCGAAAUGGGCGGUGGAAUUUCAAUAAUAAGAAAUUAGUGGAGCCAACAAAGAUAGAACGAUGGGCUCUUGUGAACUUUUCUGCGCGUUGUGAUAUUCGUGGCCUUGUUCGCGAUCUGAUAAAAUGUGGCGAUAUGAAAGGCAUCAAAAUAGAUGAUCCAUUUGAUGUGUUUGAAGAGAAUCCACAGCUUAGACGAGCCCCACCCUUGGUUAGAGUGGAAAAGAUGUUUGAUGACAUUCAGUCUAAACUUCCUGGGGCUCCACAGUUCCUUCUUUGUUUGCUUCCGGAGAGGAAGAAUUGUGAACUUUAUGGUCCAUGGAAGCGAAAGAAUCUUGCUGAAUUUGGAAUAGUUACCCAGUGCAUUGCUCCUACGAGGGUCAAUGACCAAUAUCUUACAAAUGUUCUCCUCAAAAUUAAUGCAAAGCUUGGUGGGUUAAACUCUAUCCUAGCUGUUGAACAUUCUCCUUCCAUUCCUGUUGUUUCCAAGGCUCCCACCAUAAUCCUUGGGAUGGAUGUGUCGCAUGGGUCUCCUGGACAAUCUGAUAUUCCAUCAAUUGCUGCUGUUGUCAGCUCCAGGCAUUGGCCUCUGAUAUCUCGGUACAGAGCAGCUGUUCGGACACAGUCUCCAAAGGUUGAAAUGAUUGAUUCUUUAUUCAAGAAAAUUUCUGACACUGUUGAUGAAGGCAUUAUGAGGGAGCUGCUCUUGGACUUUUAUACCAGUUCAGGGAAAAGGAAACCUGAUCAAAUCAUCAUAUUCAGGGAUGGUGUUAGCGAGUCACAAUUCAAUCAAGUCUUGAACAUUGAACUUGAUCAGAUCAUUGAGGCUUGCAAGUUUUUAGAUGAGAAAUGGAGUCCUAAGUUUGUGGUGAUUGUUGCACAGAAAAAUCACCACACUAAGUUCUUUCAAUCUGGAUCUCCUGAUAAUGUUCCACCUGGAACUGUUAUAGACAACAGAGUUUGUCAUCCAAAGAAUUACGACUUCUAUCUUUGUGCACAUGCUGGAAUGAUUGGAACUACAAGGCCAACUCAUUAUCAUGUUCUGUUGGAUGAGGUGGGCUUCUCGGCUGAUGAUUUGCAGGAUCUUGUGCAUUCCCUUUCAUAUGUGUACCAGAGAAGCACCACAGCCAUUUCUGUGGUUGCCCCAAUAUGCUAUGCACACUUGGCUGCCUCCCAGGUAGGAUCUUUUGUGAAAUUCGAUGACAAAUCAGAGACAUCUUCGAGCCAUGGCGGUAUGGCUACUGCAGGAGCUGCUGCAGUUCCUCAGCUGCCGAGACUGCAGGAGAAAGUGUGCAAUUCAAUGUUCUUUUGCUGAGGCUUGAGAAGGCCUGUUUCCCAGUUUGUGUAUAGGCUCUUUGGUUUUGCUUUGGUGAUGCCUAGUCAUUGCCCUAUUUCCUGACUCCCUAGUGACUGUGUGACGAUAACUUUGGUAAUUAUGCUUGUUGGUUUUGCUUUGGUGAUGCCUAGUCAUGUUAUCCAUACUUGCUGACUCCCUAGUAACUAAUUAUGCUAUGCUUAUGUACUUACCUAAUGGCCUUUCUGGCCUAGUGAAAUGCAUGCGUUUGAUGUUGCAUUUAAUCAAA